AUGGCCAACAACAAGGCGGAUUCUCCCGAGAGGGCCGCAAAAAAACACAAACCCGAGCGUGUGGACAGCGAUGAGGACUCGGAUGGCCCAUUGGAGGCGGACUUCCUCUUCAACGACCCCGCACCGGAAGACAGCGAUGGGAUACUGGCCAUCAUUCAGGGCUACCUCAAGAAAGUGCCGUGGGAGCCUCCCAAGGAUGCCAUGGACUCUACGUACGGCAUAAUGGCGAGCCUGAUAGCGAACCAGCCGAACCUGGGCACGCUGGUGAAAACUGGCGACGAUGAAGACGAGCAGGCUUUCGUCAUGGCAGUGCUCUCGUUGCUAAACCUCAAAAUGUACAAGGAGCUCGAGACGCUGCAGGACGCCAUCAUCGCACUGACUAAACAACAUGGGUCGCAGCAAGACUUGGAAGCCGUGACUAAGAUACUGGGUAGUGAACGCAACCAGGUAGGGCUGCUGGUCAACGAGCGCAUGGGAAACAUACCCACGCAACUUAUAGGCAGCCUGCAUCAGUGCUUAUAUGACGACCUCAACUGGUCGGUGGAGAACGCCGAUGAUGAAGAAGAGCGCAAGUUCUACAAGUUCACGCAUCUCAUCUCCAUCAGCCGUGUUUUCACGGACAACGCCAAGGAUUUCCAGGCGAAGCACAUGGUGUAUACCAAGCCGGAGGAAAGGUUCUACUGCGAGGAAGCCACCGUCAAGUUCAUGUGGAACACAGGGGAGUCGAACAAGGUUGACUUCUACGAAGACGGCGAUGAAAGCAAACCCUCGAAAACGCGCGUUGUACCGGAAGCGAUGAUGUUCAUCUGUGUGCCUAUCGGCAAGUUCAAGAACAUUGUGCGGAAAAUCGCAGAAACGUUUGCGUAA